AUGAGCAGAAACGCUCUCCCACGCGAGCGAGGAAGGAAAAGGGAGAUGCUCAGGGAGGCGGAGGACGCGACGGAGAGAGGCAGGGAAGAACAAGCGCGGGGGGCGACCGAGACAGAGAAAGGACGCGAAGAAGACGGAUCACAGAAGAAGGCGAGGACGAAAUCUGGAGGGAAAAGAGGAAAGAAGGAGAGUAAGAGCCUGUCGUCAGCUGCGGAACAGAGAGACGAACAUGGAGAGACACCCACUGCGGCGAGUCUUCAACCUGUUCAGGAGACUGGCAGCCACGCCAAGCAGAAGAAAGACGAAAACACGCCCCGCUCGUCCGGCUCCUACCUGUCUGCUUCCCCGGCAACGGAGGCUGCGUCCGAUAAGGAAAAGGGGAAAAAGCGAGAAAGCGUGAAAAAAUCAAAAAGGAAAGACGUCAUCUUCGAUCCCAAGGAGGCGUGGCGUGAGUUUCUCACGUCCUCAAUAAAUCAAAUUGCGACUUUCUCAGCGCGAGAGGAGCGGUGCAAAGAACGCGGAGCGGCGGGGGGCAGAGAUGGCGUAUCGACUGCUGAUGAGGUUCGCGUUGUCGUCACGAACUGUGAUGAGCUGGAAGCCCUACUUCAAUCCCAGUUUGUCGUCUCCUCUGCCUUCCGCUCCCCUUCCCCGACCCCCCGUAAUUCUGCGCUUCCCUCCACUUCUCUAUCUCCUCUCUCUUCUCUCUCUCUCGACGCGUCUACAUCUCUCCCUGCUUUCGCUCGAUCCUCCGUGUCGCCGGCUGUUUCUUCGUUCCUCGCCCCUCCUGCCUCGCUCUGCACUUUGCUCUGUCUGUUUGAAGAUGGCACGACCACAACGCGAUCCUCCAAGCGUCUGACAGAAGCACGGUAUUUGAACCGAACUUACCGCUCUCGAUUUCCGGAGCCUGUCGCUUUUCUCCUCUCUCUCGCGUAUGCGCCGCCAGGCGAGCCGACCCUGCACUCCCCGUGCAGAGCCGAAGGAGAGACAGGAGAUGCGCCGCAAAGCGGAAGACGACGGGACGGAAGGGAGGGAGGACCCGGAGAGAAAGGAGCUGACUUGGUUCUGGCGAACAGAAAAACAGAUACAGACGAAGACCAAGACGGGGGAUGUCGAGAAAGGACAAUCACGCACUUUAGGUGGUUGCAUGUCCUUCUCCCCUGCAAUGCUCGUCUCUUUGGAGACACUCGGUCGCUCCUGCGCCUCCCCGACGCGUCACCUGCGUUUCCGUCCUCUUCGUCGGAUUCCACGCCGUCUUGCUGUCCUUCUGGACCUCGCUUUGCUCGCGAGGAGAAAGAGUUGACAGAGAAGAUAUGGGAGACUGUGCGUCUUUUGGCCCAUGUUGAGGGUCUGAUGCUGCGAAGCGGCGGCCCGACCUUCUGCUUCUCUGCCCAGGACACGUUGCGCCCGCUCCUUCAGAGAUUUCCAAAGGAUGUUUUAGGUUUCCGCACUCUCCUCGACGGGAGCUUGGUGCACUGGCUGCUCCACCCGGACGACCCAGUCGAUACUGCCAAACCCGGGGCACUUGAGCAAUGCGUGCUGCUCAAUGAAAUGGAGGCGAAGCAAGUGAACCCGAACUUCUCCCUCCCUUCUUCGCCGCCCUCGCUCCUUUCCCUGCCUUCGUCUCUUCUUGUAACGGGGACGUCGAGGGACUGCCCUCGCGAUUUAGCUCCUCGAAAUGGAAAACGAGAAAACGACAGCGAAGAAGGAAACGACGGAGGCGAGAUUGAGACUCCGAGCUUGGAGAGAGCAGACGAUCUGGCUGCCGAAGCGGAGGAGACCAAAGAGGCAGGUGUGAAAGAGAAGAAGAAAGGCAAGGCAGACAAAGCGACGCGUCAAGCGAAAGAAGGGGACGUGCUGGAGGUCUCAGAUCCGCGUUUGGCAGCCUUCAAGGAGCAACUUGAGUUGGUUGCUGAAGACAAGGGGGCUUCUGGUGUGUCGUCCACUUCCAGUUUCCACUGGUCCAGAAUCUUCCACGACGCGAUUCUUCUCGCUCGCCUCUCUCUCGCUUCUCGCCACCUCCUUCGAUGCCACCAACUUGUCCAACCUCUCCUAACGCAGGAGAUCCCCAUGGCGUCUCUGCUCGCCCUUCUCGACGUGACGGGCAUCGCCAUUCAACCGCACUGCCACGAACAACUCAAGUCUGCCUUGGACGAGGCCCUCGUGGCGGUCGAGAAAGAAGUGAAUCGGACUGCGGGAACGUCGUCUGUUCAAGUGUCCUCGCCGGCGCAACUCUCCAACUUGCUGUUUGACCAUCUAGCUUUGCCCUUGCCUGCGCGAACCUUCGCCGCGGUUCGAGGGAAUCGACCGAGGCGCGCCGCAAAGAGGACCCUUGCGAGGUCCACUGCCGAAGAAAUCCUUCAGGAGAUCGUGGACCUACAUCCGGUCGUUCCUCUGAUUCAAAAUUUCAGAUCUUUGGCGAAGCUGAGGUCGACGUACUUGGAGAGCACGGCUGCCCUCUCCUUGUCUUCGUCUUCUUCUCUGAGUGCACCUGAAGGGGCAUCUUUCAAAGUUGCAUUCAAACUCUAUGACGAAGUUCCGGCAGGCGAGGCAGAUGUGCACAGAAACGAGAGGAAGGGGAAAGCGAAGGACGGAGAGGAAAACUCGGAAGGAAGCAUCUCACUAGCCGACGCUGCGCGCGACUAUCCCGCUCUCUAUCCGACGAAACACCCACGAGUGUUCACGCGAUGGAACCAGACGCGCACAGUGACAGGCCGGCUCUCUUCGUCAUAUCCAAAUCUCCAGAAUAUCCCUAAGGUAAUGGUCCUUCCGUCUCUCUCUUCCCUCACAUCGUCCUCUUCGUCUUGCUCUUCCUCUUCGCCCUCUUCUGAUGUCUCUCCUUCGUCUCCGUCUUCGAGUCGCUUGCGUUACACUCUACCGAAAACGGUGAACUGCCGUGAGGCCUUCCGCGAUGAUGUCCAAGAUGGAUCAGCUGUUGUCGUUGCUGCGGACUACGCCCAGAUUGAAAUGCGUCUUCUGGCCCAUUUUUGCGGUAAAGGGCCUCUCCAGUCGCUGCUGACGGGACGCGACACGCGAGAAGCACGGGGCAGUGCUCCCGACGACGAAAGUGAAACCAGUAAAGAACCCAUUGAUCUCUACAGAGAAAUGGCCGCCUUAUAUGCGGAGAUCCCACCCAGCCAGGUGACAAAAGAACUCCGCGACAAAGUAAAGGUCACCUGUCUCGCUCUCAUCUACGGGAGUGGCACGUGCACAAUUGCGAGGCAAAUGAACAUAUCCUUGGCUGCUGCUUCGGCCUUUCGAUCCAAGUUUCUUUUCGUGUUCCCGGAUGUGUCGCACUUUAUUCGGAGCAUCGUUGCCAAGGGCCGAGAAGACGGCUUCGUCACCACGCUCACAGGAAGACGGAGGUACAUUCCAGAAGCGAAAAGCAACAGCAGUCACGUGAGGGCUUUAGGCGAGCGUCUCAGUGUCAACAGUUGCAUUCAAGGAUCCGCAAGCGAUAUCAUGAAAAUAGCCAUGAUGAGACUCCAAGCUGAACUGCUCUCCUUCCCAUGGGACCCCCACGCGCUUCCUCCUCGAGUUCUUCUAUCUGUCCACGACGAACUUGUUAUGCACUGCUCUCUAAAGCACCUGCAACCUCUCUCAAAGAUGAUCAGAAAGUGUCUCACAGAAAACAUGCCUGUUGAUGUCCCUCUUGACGUCUCCAUCAGCGCUGGCCCCACCUGGGGAACGCUGACGAAACUUGCUGUUUAA